AUGGCGGACUUCAAGACGAAACAACGACAAUUGAACUACAAAUUCCAUGUUUUCCGCACUACAGGGGGAGGGGAUGUCGACUACGAGUCGCAAGCUUGUGCGGACUACCCCUUUCCCCGCGAACGUGUUCCUGGCCAACAGCCACAGCAAUACCCCGGUCUUUACAGGGGCGCGCUACGGCCAGGAUUUGUCCCGCACAUGCCCAUUGAAGCGGAACGGGAAAGCCGUGUGCGGAAACCUCCCAAUGUCACCGCAGCCCGGCGGCGUCUGAGAGCACAACUCCUGUCCCGCCGGCUUCAUUGGUCGAGGGAUCUCGGCUGGGGAGGGCAUGGAUUGGCUUCACUGUUUCACUACAAGAACGACAGCCCCCCAUACAACAAGAGAUACCUUGUCGCCAAGUGCAACUUUGCGGGAGGACAAGCAGAUGCUCAGCUUGCUGCAGAGAGACGCAUGACUGGUAAAUUCAGAAACGCCAUGCAUAUCGUUCAGUUGGGAGAACCCCCCGUGGUGGCUAACCAGCGGCGAUCCGGGCGGGUUCGAGUACGGCAGGGAUUCCCAGCAUCGGGAGGUGGUGGAUGGGCAGCUGAGGACACUGAUAUAAAUAGUAUCCUCUUCCUCGAGUAUCUACCGCGGGGAAGUUUACACAAGGCUCUGUCUACUUCGGCCAGCAAAGACAUAAAGUUCCCCAACCGGGCGCUGUGGCAUAUGUUCCAUUGCCUCAUCAAAACUUGCAUCGCUAUGGCGUACCCGCCCGCAAACUACGAAGAUCUCUACCAGGGUCUUCAGCCCCCUUUCAGUGAGCGGGCUCCACCCGACAGAGAUGAAGAAAAGGACAGGUUCGUGCACUUCGACAUCGACCCAUGGAACGUUUUGGUGGGCGGGAACGAGCCUGGCUCAAGCCAUCCCCUGAUUCCGAUGUUGAAGAUGGGCGAUUUUGGGCUCGCGAGGCCUCUCCCUGAGGUGGACCUGCGUAACCGAGACUUCAUGUUGCAGCUCCGGGAGUCUGGCAAAAUAUGGUAUUCCACUCCGGAACAAUUCACCGAAGAAUGGGAUUACGUCCCGCUGGGGGAGACACCAUGGAAGACGGCUGUGAAGCCCCAGGUAGCAGGAAACUUCAGCUGGAGGACCAACCUCUUCCAAGUGGGCCUAACCAUGCUCACGCUCAUCACGCAACACUCGCCACCGAUUCCCCCCUUCCCCCAACGCAUCUACGUCCCCCCUCCCAACCCCGCCGACCACGACGACGACGACAAGGAGGAGGACGACUUCACCAACACCGACCCAUCCGCGCCCCCCCGACGCCACCCCGCAGGCGACGCCCCCGGACCGCCCGACCCUAGUCACCAUACCAGCCACCCCGAGCACCACGACGAGGUCGGCACAAACCUCAACACCCCCCUCGAACACACAAACAACCGCGAGGACGAGCGCCUCUUCGGACCCAACGCCUACCUGCCCAACGACAACAACAACAACAACAACAACACCCCCGAGAUCGGCCCCGACUGGGUGCGCGUGUGGUCCUACGGCGGGUAUAUCCUAGACGAGAGCAACGACGCGUGGAAGCGCGGGCCGAUGGACCGGUAUGAUCAUGUGGAUCGGCCACUGCGGCGGUUGGUGGCGCAGUGUUUGUGUGCGGAUCCGUAUUAUCGGCCGAGGAUGAGGUGGUUGGAUCGGGUUGUUGGGGGGGUGAUUCGGCGGAGGUGGGGGGGUGGGUGUGGUCGUGAUGAGGGGGAUGGUGAUGAUGAGGGGGAUGGUGAUGAUGAGGGUGGUGAUAGUGGUGAUGGUGAUGAUGAUGGUGGUGGUGGUGGUGGUGGCGGUGGUGUGGAACGUGAGGAGGAUAGUGAUGAAGCAGUGAUGGAGUGGGUCAAGGAUAUCUUUGAGAGGCCUAUCGAGCCUGACGACUUUUUUUGCAGCAUGUAGAAGGUGGAAUGUAGCCGAAUCACGGUGGUGGACCGUUGAUGAUCAUGUGAAUGGGAGUAAAGGAAGAGAAGCCGUUACGAGGCGCAAUAUCAGG